CCCCCUCUACCAUCUGGCAGUUCGUGGGCACCUUUCCAAAAUAAAACUGCUUUUGAGUUGGCGGACUUCCUGUUUACCAAGGAACAAAUGUCUGCUAAGAAGAUUGAUGCCCUCUUGAACAUAUGGGCAAGGGACGCAGCCGAAUAUGGUGGUGAUUCACCAUUUCAUGAUGCACGUCGACUUUACAAGACUAUAGAUGCCACGGUAAUGGACGAUGUCAAAUGGGAGUCAUUCACGGUGAAGUAUACUGGGUCUCAGCCUCACAGAGACGUUCCCAGCUGGAUGACAGCAGGCUAUGAGGUCUGGUACCGUGAUCCACUCAAGAUGGCCCGACAAAUGCUGGCAAAUCCGGACUAUGAAAAUGAAAUGGAUUACUGCGCCAAGCAAGAGUUUAUGCCGGAUGGUCAAAGACGGUUGAAAGAUUUCAUGUCUGGGGACUGGGCAUGGAGACACUCAACCAAGAUUGCUGAGGAUCCGACUACGCAUGGAUCUGCCUUUGUCCCGGUGAUCCUUGGAAGUGACAAGACCACUGUCUCUGUCGCAACCGGAGACAAUGAAUACUACCCUCUCUAUAUGAUGCUUGGUAAUCAUCAUAAUUCUGUGCAACGGGCCCAUCGCAAUGCCUGUGUUGUGAUUGGAUUCCUAGCCAUCCCAAAAACGGAUCGGCGGCACAAAGAUGAUGUGAAGUUCCGCAAAUUCCGGCGACAGUUAUUUCAUACCUCCAUCUCGAAGAUACUUGAGAGCCUCAGGCCUCAUAUGACUAUCCCAGAGGUGACGUUCUGUGCUGACGGCGCAUUUCGUCGCAUUAUAUAUGGACUUGGGCCAUAUAUCGCAGACUAUCCGGAGCAAGCACUCCUUGCCUGCAUUGUGAAAGGGUGGUGUCCGAAAUGUACGGCUCGGAGGGGUAAUUUGGAAGGGGAUGGUCCCAGUACAUGGCGAUCAUGCGAGCAUACAGACUUGCUUGUCGAGACACUGGAUCUGGGUGUGUUGUGGGAUGAGUAUGGAAUUGUUGGCGAUAUUGUGCCAUUCACAAAUGAUUUCCCCCGUGCCGAUAUCCACAAGCUGCUAUCUCCUGACCUUUUACACCAACUAAUCAAAGGCACAUUUAAGGAUCACUUGGUGGAGUGGAUCAGCGACUUCCUCAAAAUCAAACAUGGGGCUGCGGGUGCAGAGGUGGUGCUAGCAGAAAUUGACCGACGCAUUGCAGCUGCGCCACCCUUUACGGGUCUCAGGAGAUUUCCUGAAGGUCGUGGUUUUAAGCAGUGGACAGGCGAUGAUUCGAAGGCUCUGAUGAAGGUAUACCUUCCUGCUAUUGACGGGUUGGUCCCCACUGAGAUUGUGCGGACAAUGCGGGCCUUCCUGGAGUUCUGUUAUCUUGCUCGUCGUGAUCUCCACACCCCUGAGACUCUAGACCAUCUCAAAGAAGCCAUGGAACGAUUUCAUGAUUACCGAGGAGUUUUUGAGGAAGAAGGAUUUCGAGUGGACAGUUAUUCCUUGCCAAGACAACACUCUGUCAGGCACUAUUAUGACUGCAUUUGGGAAUUUGGCGCUCUCAAUGGCCUAUGCUCUUCAAUUACAGAGUCUAAGCAUAUCAAAGCGGUGAAGGAGCCCUGGCGCCGCUCCAACCGAUUCGAAGCAUUGGGGCAGAUGUUGAUUACAAAUCAGCGUCUGGAUGGACUUUCAGCUAGCCGUGUUGACUUUGUCAACCGAGGGAUGCUUGAAGAUGUUUCAACAGGUAUUUCUGCUUCCCUGUUGUGCACCCAGAAUAACAAUAAUGGUGCUCCAGUUGCAAAACAGUCCCUCCAGCGGCGUCUAGAUGACGGUGCCCCAGUUGGGCACCAGCGUAUAUCAGACUUGCAUCUCGCUCCAUGGCACGGCUUCGCUAAUGUUUCCUCAGUGCGGCAGCACUCUUUAAACCCUGCUUGCUUCCCUUCCAACAUGACCCUGCCAACACCAACUUUCAGCGCCCUCCUACGAGGAUUCCUUCGUGACCAAAUCAACACGUCCAAUCCACUAUCACACCUUGCAGAGUUACCAGCUUUUUCUGACCCAAUCUAUAUCCACCACUCCGCUGCUGCUACAUUCUAUGCCCCUAGCGAUUUAUCAGGGAUUCAAGGGAUGCGCCGUGAGCAUAUCCGUGCCACACUGUCUUGGCGCAAGGGUGCUCCUUGCUUUGACUGCGCCUUUGUUAAACAAACCAUACAAGAUGAAGAUUCACCCUCUCCACCCUUCGAUGUUGCAAGGAUCUUUAUGUUUUUCUCCUUCAAGUUUGGUGGUAAGCAAUACCAAUGUGCACUCGUCCAUUGGUUUGAGUGGGUGAACAGUCAGCCGGAUGAGGAUACAGGGAUGUGGGUGGUUGACCGUGGUGCAGGCAGUUGGGGCAGUCGCCCUGCUUUGUCGAUCAUCCCAAUACACCACAUACUCCGUGCUACCCACCUUAUCCCGAUGUAUGGGAGAACAAAUAUUCCUCAUGAUAUCAGUGCUGUAGAUAGUUUGGAUAGGUUCCGUCUAUUCUAUGUUAACAAGUAUGCUGACCACCACAGC